CUUUAUUAUACCCUGUUAUGGAAUAACAGGGUUCGACAAUGCCUAGGUACAAUACUGUUUCCAGCGAACGCGUGUAAAGGUUCUUGUUUUUCCAUCUGCAGCCAGUGAUUAGCAACAGGCUGGUCUUAUCGGUUCCUCGUGAACUCUUUGAUCGUUCUUCGGCCAAGAUUUGGUUAAGAAAACGGUAGUAUCAAUUCUGCGUACUAACUAAGCAAGCAUUAUGGCAACCACUCGUGUUGGCCAAAUUCUUUUCACCAAAACCUUGCAAAUUGCUCGAAAACCACAAUAUGUUGCAUCUAAUGUGAAAUAUUAUUGUUGUCAAGUUUCAAAUUAUGAGUAUAUCAAGGUUGAAACCGUUGGUGAGAAAAAAAAUGUGGGCCUUAUUACCUUAAACAGACCAAAAGCACUGAAUGCCCUUUGCGAUAAAUUAAUGACUGAAGUAAAUGAUGCUGUGGCCAAAUUUGAUAAAAAUGAGAAUGUUGGUGCAAUUGUUCUUACUGGCAGCGAGAAAGCAUUUGCUGCUGGUGCCGAUAUUAAAGAAAUGCAAAAUAAUACAUACUCUCAAACUAUUAAGGGAAAUUUCUUGACCCAUUGGGACGGUGUUUCUAGAGCAGUAAAACCUGUAAUCGCUGCAGUAAAUGGUUAUGCUUUAGGUGGAGGUUGUGAAUUAGCAAUGAUGUGCGAUAUCAUUUAUGCAGGAGAUAAGGCAAAAUUUGGUCAGCCAGAAAUUGCUAUUGGUACAAUACCUGGUGCAGGUGGUACUCAAAGGUUAACUAGAGUAAUUGGCAAGAGCAAAGCAAUGGAAAUGGUGCUUACAGGAAAUCAGAUAACUGCUGAAGAGGCUGAAAAGAGUGGUCUGGUUAGUAAAGUUGUUCCUGCCUCAGAACUUGUUGCAGCAGCUGUUAAAUUAGGCGAAAAAAUUGCAUCACAUUCUCAGUUAACUGUUGCCAUGGCUAAAGAAUCUGUUAAUACGGCUUAUGAAACCACUCUAAGAGAGGGACUGCACUUUGAGAAAAGGAUGUUCCAUGGUACAUUUGCGACGGCUGAUAGAAAAGAAGGAAUGACGGCAUUCGUUGAAAAACGUGCACCGAAAUUCACAAACCAAUAAAUCUCUUGUUAUCUCCGUUAUUGGAGUGCCAUAAAACUACUUACUUUUUUAAAUAAAUUUUAUACGUUGAAUUAAAUAUUUUUUAUAUUUGUUAUUUAGAUGAAAGAUGUUCAAAUAAAAUAUGUUUUUCAACAAAGGUAACGUUCAAAGAGAACCUUUAUUUAGUUGCUACCUUUACAUCUAUAUGAUCCUUGAGUAUGAUACAUUUACAGUUAACGUAGUCAUCGUGGUUGACACCAAGUUAAUGAUUAUUGUUCAAUAAUAAUUACGGUGAUCGUAUUUUGUAAAAGCAUCGAUGCUAUUGGCAUCAGGAAAGGUAUCCAAGAACGGUAGGAACAAUGGAAUUUCAUACCAACAUCUUAUACAAUAAAUAUUAAAACUUUACAAUGCACACUUUGUUUCAAAAUCUCUAUAAUAUUCGUGUUUUCAGAUUUUCCGAGAAUCGAAGAACUACUCACGAUAUAAAAAAAUGUUCCCUGUUUUUCAACGUGAUUGUUUAAGAAUACCAAGAAAAUACUUAUAGAAGAUUACGCUCGUUUUUUUAGCAUUGCAACCUUUGUAUUAAAAUAUAUAGUCCUAAAUAUUUAGAAAGCCACAAAUACGCAAUGUAUCAAACAAUUUACAGAGAAACAGUAGUAUCAAAUUCGGGACGAAUGUUUAAUCGAUCCUCUUAUAAAAUCUGCUCAGUUGACUAGCUAACACUAACAAUGUUCAGGUAUGAUGAAAGAGUUGUGCAUACUUAUUAUUAUCUCAUGUAAUUACCAUAUUUCACCUGGGUUUCUUCGUCCUUAUCUUAAAUGCUAAAAAAAAAUUCAAACUAGCUACUCUUACAUGCUAAGUGUUUCUCACGUGUUCGCUGCAUUUCUUAAUUAUUACUUUAAGUACACACACAAAAGGGUUCCUCGUAAAAUUCUGGGACUAUAAAACCUCAAAGAAGUUUCCGUAUCUUAUGCAGUGCUACGUUUAUUUACAGAGAUUUUCCUGUGAAAAGUUUCUUCAAAAAGCGUUCUCAAAAAAAGGACUUUCUAAAAGUAUUGUCAUGAUAUGUGUAAUCGUUCCUUUUGAUUAUCCGAAUAUCCUUAUUUUGUACGAGAGUUUGUUACUUGGUCCAUUUACCUGCAAUCGAGUCUGGAAACUUCUUAAAAUCGAAAUGGAAAUAAGUGUAUUGGGUACAUCAAGAGUCGACGGAACCGACCCAAUGGUUUACCGCUUGUUGCGGCUCUUCAUGGUGAAACGUCUC